AGCAGAGCAAUGGGAACUAUUGAGCAAACUUUAAAGUGUCCUGUCUGCCAGGAUUUCUUUACUGAACCUGUGACGCUCCAAUGUGGACACAACUUCUGCCUCACAUGCAUCCAAGCUGUCUGGGAAACAGAUGUGUCUACGGAGGGUCCUUUCUUCUGUCCAGAGUGUCAGAUAUUUCUUCCCUCUGACCUCACUCUGGAGAUAAAUACUGACCUGCAGACUAAAGUGAAAGACUUUACUGGAGACAGGCAUUUAGGAGAAGCAGAGACACAGAAAACAACUCCAAAUGGUGCAACGAAACCAUUUUUAACUGUCUACUGUGACCACUGCAUAGAGAAGCCAUCUGUGGCUAUAAAGACUUGCUUGACCUGUGAUGCGUCACUGUGCCAGGCUCAUGCACAGCUGCACCAGCAAAGGUCUGUUCUGAGGGAGCACACACUGGUGGAGGUGACCAGGGAUCCGUUGUCACUGAAGUGCAGGGAACACCGUGAUGAGCUUAAGCUCUUCUGUAUGGAGGAAAGGGUCCCUGUGUGCUGCUUGUGUGUGCUGGUUGGCAUGCACAAGCACCAUAAGGCAUCUCAACUCCAUGAAGCUACUGCAGACUUCAAGAGUAUGUUGGAGACAAGCAUCAACCAACUGCUAAAGAGGAGAUGUGAAGCAGAGCAUGCCAUCAAGGACUUGGAGUCUCUGUAUAUGCAAACUGUGAAAUCUGCUGCAGAUUUCAGAGAGAGAAUCUCAGACAAGUACAGCAGGAUUCGUGUGGUGCUGGAUGCCGACGAACGUCUGAUGAUGCAAAUCAUAGAUGCAGAGGAGACAUACAUGACCGACUGGCUGGAGACCCAGAGGGGCAUUGUGGAAACUCAAAUCAAAGAGAUAGACAGAUUCAGAGCUUCUAGCAAAUUACUUCUCCAGGAAACAAAUGACCUUCAGUUUCUACAGCAAAUCACAGCGCAGAAUCUUUGUGAUCCUUUGGAUUUGCCACCAGUCCAGACAGUAAAUGGGGAUCUAUGUGACCCUGAGAAGCUGAGAACAGUUGAGAGGCUGGUAGAUGACCUCUCUCUAGCUCUGUCUCAACAUUUUCCACGAAUGUGGUCAUAUCUAACUUUGCCUGCUUUAGACGUAAAAACAGCCCAUCCGAAACUGGAAAUAUCUCAAGACAAUAAACAAGUGUACUGGAGACGCCAGCCUGCCAGUGAAAGACUAAGCCCGCAACCAUAUGAUUCCCAGUAUAGUGUCCUGGCUCAGGAAAGUUUUAUGAGUGGCCAGUAUUACUGGGAAGUCAUUGUGCAGGACAAACCAUUCUGGAUGAUAGGUGUGACCACUGGCUCAUUUGAUAAGAAAGACAGCCCAGCUCAGAGUUCUUCCAGUCUGGGUGUGAACAGCACAUCCUGGUGCAUCUACCAUGGAGAUGGACAGUAUCUGGCAUGUCAUGACACACAGGAAAAGCAACUGUCAGUUGCAAAGAGAGUGAGAAAGCUGGGCAUACUGGCAAAUAUCCAGAAGGGGGAGCUGUCAUUUUACAAUGCGGAUACCAUGACGCUGCUUCAUUCAUUUUGUGUACAAUGCACAGAGCCUCUGUACCCCAUGUUUAACCCAUGUAUUGAUAUGAACGGAGUGAAUAAGCAACCUCUUACUUUGUUUUGGAUUAAAGAUCCCUGGAACUGGCAUGCAGAUGAGAGUGAAAAGCAAACUUAAAGGGUAUCUUUAAAUCACUGUUGUGAACAAAGAAUCAUUAAUUUGUUUUAUUGUGUUUAUUCCAGUUUUUUUCUGAUGAAUUUACAUGUUGGAGAUGUCUAUUAAACUUUUAGAGAGCUGGUUUCUCCACGUCACUCAAAUCUAUAAUCGAGGAAUGCACCUACUUCCAAAUUAUAUAGAAGCUAUUACAACCCCAAAUCCAAAAAAAGUUGGGAUGAAAUGUCAAAUGGUAAUAAAAACAAUGCAAUUAUUUGUAGUGUUCAUAAACCUAUAUUCUGUUCCUAAUAGGACAUAAACAACAUAUUGGAUGUUGAAACUGAGACAUUUGAUCAUUUUAUGGACAAUAUUUGUUCCUUUUGAAAUUGACAGCAGCAAUGCAUUUAAAAAAAUGUUGGCUAAAGGGCAGCAAAAGCUUGAAAAGUAAGUGGCAGAAAUCAAAAACAACUGGAAGGUAUAAAGGGAGCACUUUAGAGAGGCAGAGCCUCUCAGAUGUAAAGAGGGGCAGAGGUUUACCAGUCUGCAACAAACUG